AAACUCUUCAAACUCUUUCAUAUAUACCUCAACGUUACCCCUUUCAUACACAGUCAAUUUCAACAUAGCAAAAAAAAAAAAAAAAAACCUAAUUAAGAAAAUGGGAAGUUCUACCAAAUUCUCUCUCCUUUUUCUAUGCAUUUUCUCCCUCUUAAUUUUGCAUGGAGUUUGUACUGAAUUUGAAGUUGGUGAAAGUUUAACCAAAGGAUGGGAAGUUCCUCCUUUGAAAGGCCCUCAAGUUUACAAUGAUUGGGCUCAAAAGAAUCGGUUCAAGGUCAAUGACACUCUACACUUCAAGUACAAGAAAGACUCAGUGAUGGUGGUAUCGGAUGCGGAGUACAGCAAAUGUGGAUCAUCUCAGCCUCUAUUCUUCGCCAACACCGGCGACACUACCUUCAUGUUAGACAGGCCGGGGUUAUUCUACUUCUUGAGCGGCGUGGCCGGACACUGCCAGAGAGGACAGAAGAUGAUUGUCAAGGUUUUGGACGUGGAAAGUCCACCUGCUCCUGGUGAUGAUCAACAAUCUGGUGAUGAUACAGCUGCACCAGACAUUGACAAGAAAAGUGGUGCAACUCAUAAUAAUAAUAAUAAGAUUGGUUUUGUUGGGUUUAUUAUUAUGGUAAUUGUUGGGUUUCAUAUGAUAUGAUAGAUGUGUUUGUUUAAGGUUGUUUCUUGGUUGAUGCAUAUUUGUUUAGGAAUUUGGAUAUGUUAUGUGUUGAGUUUGGUUUAACAAUGGAUGUUAUUUUUAUUUAUUUUUUUUGUGAAGGAUGAGACUAAAUUUUAAGUUUCUUGUUAAUUUACAACUACUUUUCUAGAACUUUGUUUCAAAUGAGGUAUUGAUGAGAUAUUUUACUUUUCAAAAUAUUUUGUGGAAUAUAUAUCUUCUACCAUAAAAAUUCAUACCUGCAAUAUAUAAUUAAAGAGGUAGAAAAAUAUACGGGGACAAUUAUUUCAUUGAUAAUUUAUGAUUUACAACUCUCGUAUAUCUCUUGAUUCCUCUCUCCAAAGGGCUAGGAUUUUGAUAUUUGUUUGUAGUACGGGUCUUGUCGGCUUAAUCCAUACAUGUACCUACAAUGUUUGGUAGUAAGAGGAGAUGGGGUCUUUUUGACUUAUUCCAUGAGUCUAAUUAAACCCUAGAAACGACUCUAUUUAUAUAAAAUGUCGUUGAG